GCCAGCGACUCGAUAGCCGGAAGUCGUCCGGGUUGCUGUCGAGUCCACCCAGGCUGGUCUAGACCUCAGUCGGCUCUGGUUGGCAGACGGAAUGGCAGAGCGAGCUAAGCUGGAAGAGCUGGUGCGACUUCAGGGAGAGCGCGUGCGGGGUCUCAAGCAGCAGAAGGCCAGCACCGAGCAGAUCGAAGAGGAGGUGGCAAAACUACUGAAACUGAAGGCACAGCUGGGCCCUGAUGAAAGCAAACAGAAGUUUGUGCUCAAAACCCCCAAGGGCACAAGAGACUACAGUCCCCGGCAGAUGGCAGUUCGGGAGAAGGUUUUUGAUGUAAUCAUCCGCUGCUUCAAACGCCAUGGUGCAGAAGUAAUUGAUACACCUGUGUUUGAACUAAAGGAAACACUAACAGGAAAAUAUGGAGAAGACUCGAAGCUUAUCUAUGACCUGAAGGACCAGGGUGGGGAGCUGUUGUCCCUUCGUUAUGAUCUUACUGUUCCUUUUGCUCGGUAUUUGGCAAUGAAUAAACUGACCAACAUUAAACGUUAUCACAUAGCUAAGGUAUACCGGCGGGAUAAUCCAGCCAUGACCCGAGGCCGAUAUCGGGAAUUCUACCAGUGUGAUUUUGACAUUGCUGGGCAAUUUGACCCCAUGAUUCCUGAUGCAGAGUGCCUGAAGAUCAUGUGUGAGAUCCUGAGUUCACUUCAGAUAGGCGACUUCCUGGUCAAGGUUAAUGAUCGGCGCAUCCUCGAUGGAAUGUUUGCCAUCUGUGGUGUUCCUGAUGACAAGUUCCGUACCAUCUGCUCCUCAGUGGACAAACUGGACAAGGUAUCCUGGGAGGAAGUGAAGAAUGAGAUGGUAGGAGAGAAGGGCCUUGCACCUGAAGUAGCUGACCGCAUUGGGGACUAUGUCCAACAACAUGGUGGGGUAUCUCUGGUGGAGCAGCUGCUACAGGAUCCUAAAUUAUCCCAGAGCAAGCAGGCCUUGGAAGGCCUAGGAGAUCUGAAGUUGUUGUUUGAGUACCUGAACCUGUUUGGCAUUGCUGACAAGAUCUCCUUUGACCUGAGCCUUGCUCGAGGACUAGACUACUAUACUGGGGUGAUCUAUGAGGCAGUGUUGCUACAGACCCCAACCCAAGCAGGGGAAGAGCCUCUAGGUGUAGGCAGUAUAGCUGCUGGAGGGCGCUAUGAUGGGCUGGUGGGCAUGUUCGACCCCAAAGGGCGCAAGGUGCCAUGCGUGGGGCUCAGCAUUGGAGUGGAGCGGAUCUUCUCCAUCGUGGAGCAGAGAUUAGAGGCUUUAGAGGAGAAGGUCCGGACCACAGAGACACAGGUGCUUGUGGCAUCUGCACAGAAGAAACUGCUGGAGGAGAGACUGAAGCUUGUCUCAGAGCUGUGGGAUGCUGGGAUCAAGGCUGAGCUGCUCUACAAGAAGAACCCAAAGUUACUGAAUCAGUUGCAGUACUGUGAGGAAGCAGGCAUCCCACUGGUGGCCAUCAUCGGGGAGCAGGAGCUCAAGGAAGGGGUUAUCAAGCUCCGUUCAGUGGCUAGCAGGGAAGAGGUGGACGUCAGAAGAGAAGACCUUGUGGAAGAGAUCAGGAGGAGAACAAGCCAACCCCUCUGCAUCUGCUGAACUGAGUAAACUAUGAAAGGAAAGUGGGACUGGCAUUGUUUGAGACUAAAACAAAACUGCAUAUGUACUUCAACAGCUUUGCACAUUCCUGUUGCAGCAGGAAGACUUCAAAUGUGGUCAGAACAGAGACUUUUUAUUUUUAUUAUGAUUAUCUUACUGGUAAUCAGUGACAAAAGUGGCCAAGUACUACACCACUUUUAUAGAAGGCCAUGGGGAUUAGACGAGUCUUUUUCCUGAGUUACCUGUGGGGGUUCUGAAAUGGCCUCAACCACAGGGUCCCAUACCAGAUGGAGCAGAUGUCUUCCUGCAACUAAUCGCCAAAGGUCUAAUAAAAUGUCUCAACCACUGGA